AACAAAACCAAAAACAAAAAGAAAGAAAAAAAUAACACAGAGAGCCUGGAUAGGGAGGAUGCAAUUUGGCCAGGCGACGAGUCCAUUGUUGGGGCUCCUCCUGGCUUGUGUAUCCUGCAGCUGCAGCUCCAACAACCUCAUCAUCUACGAAGUCAGCUCCUCCGUGUUAAUAUCAAGCACUAGUACGGCAAGUUGAUGUUGCUGCCAUCUUGGCAUCUAAUUGGAGCCCUCCUAGUGCUAACGGCAACUGCGGGGGACUCCACCAAUAAGAUCAUCUUGCCACAGAUACUCAAUGGCAGUGUCGGCGGUGGAAAUAACGCCGGAGGCAAGCAUCCAAGUGGCACUAAGACAACAACAGCAAACCAAGCCACAGGAGUGAUAACUGGAGGAGGAGCGACCGCUGGAAGUGGCCUUGGUAACACUGUCGUCGGUAGCAAUGGCGUAAUUGUAGCUGGCGGUGUCGCCAAUGUACCAACCUCGAAUUUAAAUACCGUUGUGGAAGAACCCGAAUUUACUGAAUACAUCGAAAACGUAACCGUACCUGCUGGCCGCAAUGUCAAAUUAGGUUGUUCAGUCAAGAAUCUGGGAUCAUAUAAGGUCGCUUGGAUGCACUUUGAACAAUCGGCAAUUCUAACUGUUCACAAUCACGUUAUAACGCGCAAUCCACGCAUUAGUGUCACGCACGACAAGCACGAUCGUCAUCGGACCUGGUAUCUGCAUAUCAAUAAUGUCCACGAAGAGGACAAAGGACGCUAUAUGUGUCAAAUCAAUACAGUGACUGCGAAAACUCAAUUUGGCUAUUUAAAUGUUGUUGUGCCACCAAAUAUCGAUGACUCGCUGAGCUCGAGUGAUGUCAUUGUACGCGAGGGUGCCAACAUUUCAUUAAGAUGUCGGGCCAGCGGCAGUCCCCGGCCCAUUAUCAAAUGGAAACGGGAUGAUAAUUCUCGCAUAGCCAUCAAUAAGAAUCACAUUGUCAAUGAAUGGGAGGGUGACACACUGGAGAUAACUCGCAUCUCUCGCCUGGAUAUGGGCGCCUAUCUAUGCAUCGCAUCGAACGGUGUUCCACCCACGGUUUCCAAGCGCAUCAAAGUCAGUGUUGACUUUCCUCCCAUGCUACUCAUACCACAUCAAUUGGUUGGUGCACCAGAAGGUUUCAAUGUUACCAUCGAAUGUUUCACGGAGGCUCAUCCCACAUCCUUAAAUUACUGGACACGCGGCGAGGGACCAAUCAUUCACGAUUCUCACAAGUACAAAGUUGAAUCGAGCGUCGGUGUACCGGCUUAUAAGACUCAUAUGAAACUGACCAUUAUCAAUGUCUCGAGCGGCGAUGAUGGCAUCUACAAGUGUGUGGCCAAAAACCCAAGAGGCGAAACGGAUGGCAUUAUAAGACUAUAUGUCUCCUAUCCGCCGACGACAGCCUCAUCGGGCAUAUAUACAACCGAUUCACAUUGGGGUGAAAGUAAUUAUGUCAAUGGUAAUGGGGGCGACUCGACUCGUUCCAUCUAUGGACAGGAUAAAAAUACACGAUAUCAAUCGAAUUUGAAUGAAAUCGGUUUAUCUGAACAAAAAUCCUUCUUAGAUAAAACACAAAGUUCCCUAGGAGGAGUCAAUGGCAAUAAUCCAAAUGAAAUUGAUGGAGAGUCCAAGGGAAGUUCCACUCGUUCGGUGGCCAUAGCGUGGCUCCUUACCAUGCAGAUGUUGUUGUUAGGCUUAAGAUUAUGUUAAUUUAACACAGAUCUAGCUAAGAUUAAGGCUUUAUAUAUAAAAAUAUAUAUAUAUAUCUAUGGUUAUAUCUAAUCUCGUAUAGCCCUUAGUAAAGUGACCCUAAACAUAUGAUCCGCCCCCUUAUAUACAAAAAAAAAAAAACAAAAAUCUAGGCCUACAGAGAGCUUAGUUAAAAACAAACAAAACGUAUUAUGGUAUAAUCACAAUUAGCUGGACACAUACGUAUAAAUGUAUCUGUAUAGGAAAAAUCAAAAAACAAGCAAAACAAGCUUCUCACAUAUUAAGAGGAAAGGGUAAAUGAAACAUAAUUUUGCUUUAAAUGCUGUGCUUGAAAAUCAUAAUUGUGAAUGUUUAAACAAUUUGAUAAUGAUUAGAAUAUCACAUUAUAUAUUUCUGCGUUUAACGCUAAAGGCAUUUAUAUAUAUAGAAAGACAGGCACACAUCUACACACACACACACA